UGGGGUAAAAGAAUAAGCCAAAAUAUAAGUAAUAUUUAUUUUUAUUUUUACAUAAAUGACUUCCAGGUUUGUGGCAUAACUAACAAAGCGUAUACUUUUACUGAGCUAAAAAGAUAUUCCGCAUUGAUUGGGAAAUGUUUAGUAAAUGAAGGAGCUAGUGUUGGUGAUGUUAUUGCAAUAUUACUCCCAAACAGCCCAGAAUACAUCAGUAUCAUUUUAGGUGCUUCAGGAAGAGGUCUGACAGUUUGCUCAUUAAACCCUUUAUAUACACCAGGUGAAUAAUAGCUGUUAUCAUUUAAAUUAAAUGUCCUAAAAUAUGGGAUAGAAUAUUAGUUAUAGUUAAAAGUUGAUUUUUUUUAUUUAUAUUAAUUAUUUUUUAAAAACUAUCCCUCAAAAUAAAUAUAAUAAUGAAUUAUCAUUGAAAUCUAAUUAUCAUUUUUAAAAAAUUAAAAAUUGUAAAAUAAAAAUGAACAUAUCAAGUUUUAAAGUUUAGAACUGUACUUUAAAAUAGUUUUUAUGAUAUUUUUACAGAUGAAAUAUCUCAUCGAAUCAAGAAUUCAGAGACCAAAAUUAUGAUAACAUUCCCUCAAAAAGUACAAGAUGUAAUAAAAGCAGUUGAAAAUCUUAAAAUCGAUAAAUGUCUCCCUCCAAAUUUCAAAAUACUGUGUAUUAUAAUAGAUGAGAAAAGUAACACAAACCUUCCUGAAGGUAUAAUAAGCUUAAAUGAUGUAGUAAAAAGAUCACCAGUUACUGAUAACAAUGAGACCACUCCAUCUAGUAUAGCUGAUGAAUCUCUGGCAUUUAUUUCGCAUUCCAGUGGCACCACUGGUUUACCAAAAGGAGUUUGCCUGACACACAAGAAUGUUGUAGCUUCAAUUUUACAGAUGAUGGAAAAACAUACAACAUUUUUUAAAGAAACUAAUGAUAAUUAUCAAGAUGUCAUCCCUCUUUUUUUGCCAAUUUUUCAUAAUUAUGCUCUUGAAAUGACAUUAUGUGCUUUAUAUAAUGGAUCUAAAAUUGUAACUCUUCCAAAAUUUGAAGAAAAGUCAUUCUUAUCCACUUUCACACAAUACAAAGCAACAAUACUGUUUGCAGUCCCUCCUACAAUACUUUUUCUGGGAUCAAAUCCAUCAGUCACUGAAGAACAUCUGAAAUAUUUAAGAGUUAUUUGUUCAGCUGCAGCUCCACUUGGCAAAGAUGAUAUUGAACGAUGCUUGAAGAAAGCUCCAAAAAAUAUAAACAUUAUCCAAGGAUAUGGCCAGACUGAAGCCAUGUGUUUUCUAACACAUACACCUUAUGGUCACAGAAAUAAUAGUUCAAUUGGUAAAGCAUUGGCCAAUACAGAACUCAAAGUUGUUGAUCUUCUAACUGGCAAGUCAAAAGGACCCAAUGAAGAAGGAGAAAUUUGCUUUAGGGGUCCACAAAUGUCAAUGGGUUACUUGAAUAAUCCUGAAGCUACAAAAGAAGCUAAAGAUGCUGAGGGCUGGUUUCACACUGGAGAUGUUGGCUACUAUGAUAAAGAUGGAUUUUUUUAUAUUGUCGACAGGAUAAAAGAAAUGAUUAAAGUUAAAGGAUAUCAGGUAAUUAUUUUAACUUAAUUUACAAUACCAUUAUAUAUAAACUCUUUAUUUGGGAAUGUACUUCACAUUUUAAUUUUUCAAAGAUGUAUCUAAAUAAUCAACAUAGUUGUAAAUAACACUAUGAUAAUGAAUGCCUUGGAGUGUCAGAAACUA